AUGAGUCCACUUAAUAUAUUCAAAAAGAACACUGCUGCCAAUGGCAAUGCGGCACCUUCUCCCUCUGAAUCCGUUGUCCACGAUAGCUCCAAAGACGUGAGUGAGACUGAGAAGGGAAAUGGAGGUCUCAUCACAGGGAAAAUCCCUACCGUCACUAUUCGCACUGUUAUUAUGACCCUUUGUGUGUCCAUGGGAGGAUUUAUCUUUGGUUCGUAUUUAUCCCAUCAUUUGCGCCAGCACCGGGAACUGAUUUUGGCAACCACAGGUUACGAUACUGGACAAAUCAGUGGCUUUUUGGAAAUGCACGUUUUCCUACAAAGAUUUGGCGAGCCGACUUCCGACCUCGACACAUACUCCUCUGGCUAUAAAUUUAGUAAUGUCCGAUCGGGAUUGAUUGUCGGCCUUCUGUCAAUUGGUACCUUGAUAGGCGCUCUGAUCGCAGGACCUGCAUCAAACUACUUCGGACGGAGACCCUCCAUCCCAUUCUGGUGCCUUAUAUUCUGCAUUGGUGUUGUCGUACAGGAGGCUGUUGGAGAUGGCAUGUGGGUUGGAAUUGCUAUGGGUCGAUGGGUUGCAGGUUUGGGUGUUGGAGCGUUGUCCGUUUUGGUACCUUUAUAUAUGACUGAGACUGCACCUGUGCCUGUACGAGGAGCUGUCGUCUCCUGCUACCAACUCUUUGUCACAAUUGGUAUCUUCACAGCAGACUGCAUCAACUUCGGCACCGAAAAACGCAACGACACAGGUUCAUACCGUAUCCCGAUGGGAGUUGGCUUCAUUUGGGCGCUCAUUCUAGCUAUCGGAAUUGUAUUUCUGCCCGAAACUCCCCGUUUCGAUUGGAACCACGGACGUGCCGAACGCGGUCUCGACACCAUGACAAAAUUCUACGGCGAGCCAGCAUCGCAUCCGAUGAUCCAAAACGAAGCCGAGGAGAUCGAAAAGGUCAUGGAAGCCACAAAGGGAGAUCAUCCUUGGUACGAAGCAAUCACGGGCCCGCGCAUGUUCUACCGCAUCGUGCUCGCCAUGGGAUUGCAAAUGUUUCAACAAUUGACGGGUGCCAAUUACUUCUUUUACUAUGGUACCACUGUUUUCAGCGGCGUUGGCAUCAAGAACUCCUUCGUUACAUCUAUGAUCCUUGGCGGUGUCAACGUCGGCGCAACCUUUUUCGGUGUAGCCAUGGCGCGUAGAUUCAGACGUCGCGAGUCCCUCUACAUCGCCGGGCUAUGGCAGUGCAUGUGCUUCCUAGUCUUCGCCUCUGUCGGCCAGUUCAUAUUUAAAGACGCAGUCGAAGGCUCCAGCAAAGCCAAGACAUCCGGCACAGUCAUGAUCGUGUUCGCAUGUCUCUUCAUCUGCGGAUUCGCCAGCACCUGGGGCCCCCUGGUCUGGGCUUGCAUCGGAGAAUUAUUCCCGUACCGUUACCGCGCUGUCGGAAUGGGCCUCGCUACAGCAUCAAACUGGUUCUGGAAUUUCCUCCUCGCCUUCUUCACACCGUUCAUCACCCAGGAUAUCAAUUUCUCGUACGGCUACGUGUUCGCGGGCUGCAAUCUCUUCGGCGCCUUCAUGGCCUACUACUGGCUCAUCGAGUCGAGCGGCAGGACGCUAGAGGAAGUCGAUGCGAUGUACCUGAUCCAUGUGUCGCCGCGGAAGAGCGCUAAGUUCCAGUUCGACGAAGAUACGAAGAGGGAUUUGGGACAUAUCCUCAAUACGGAUGCGAUGAAGUUGGAGCGCAGAGGGCGCAAGAUUAAGAAGAUCAAUGAGGCGGGGCAGGGAGGUGUUUUCCACGAGGAGGGCGCCCCUGUCCAUCACACGCCAAACGUCACGGAUAUGAGCAACGGUUCUCAUCCGAUUACAUCGACUGGCGCUGCCUAG